ACCCCCUUUCCCUUUCCUGCAAGAAGCUUCUCUCUUUCUUGAGCAUUUGAUCUUCCUCACAUGCUCAUCAAGGCCGUUCCUCUAUAUCAGUUCAGCUUUUCGCGAGCUGCUUCUCUCUUGCCGACUCUCUCUCUCUCCGUACAUUGGUUUGAGUGCAGAACACGAGUUGGGACUGAAUAUGGGGAUGACAAUAGUUGGUUCCUUUGCGGUUUUCUUAUUCUCGUUUCCGUCAUUCUCGGUUUAAGGCAUAAUGAAGAUGGGUCGCCAUUCCAGAAUUCAGAUGUGUGAGGGAGCUCAUUGAGGUUUUAUCUCUUUCAAGUUGGUUCAGAAGGUUCUGCUUGUAUCUAGAAGAUCUGUUUGUGCGAAACAGCUUUCUAGGGAUGGGGGACCAUUUCAUGUUGGUCGUGAAUCGUUUAACUGCUGACUCUACCUCAGAAGCUGCUAUUGAGAGUGAGGACAGUAUUCGGCAGGUGUUGAUGUCUCCGUGUAAAGAACCUACAGCCGAUAUUUCUACUGGUGAGAUGAACAUGACAAUCCUCUCCACUCGGAGGGAGUUGGUACAGUGUAGGAUUUGCCAUGAUGACGAUGAAAACUUAAAUAUGGAAACACCAUGUGCGUGCUGCGGCAGCUUGAAGUAUGCUCACCGUGACUGCGUCCAGAGAUGGUGCAGUGCGAAGGGUGACACCACCUGUGAGAUUUGCCUCCAGCAAUUCACACCUAACUAUACAGCACCGCCUCCUCUGAUCCGGCAAGGAAGUUUUCCUUUGAGCUUCAGGGGAAUUUGGGGAAUUACCAGAAGGGAUCUGCUUGACCCACGAACCGUAGCAACGGUUUCUUCGGAUAAUGAUUUUUCAGAUACUGACUUUGAGGAUUACUCAACUCCUUCUGGGGGGUUGAUGUGCUUCCGCAUAGUUACCAUAAUUUUUAUAGUUCUUCUCUCCUGAAGCAAACUUUACCAAUUGUGCUCAUCGGAGCUGGAGAUUACUCACUGCCAUUGGUCACGUUACUUCUGUUCCUUGUGGUCAAAGCAUGCUCUGCCAUCCAGCAUCGACGUCAACAGGUUCCUCACUUGUCGCUAGAGAUGAGUGAUGAAGAAAACGAGUUGCCACCGAUGGAGCCUCUCCCAUGAUAGCGGCGGCCACCUCUCUCAGUUGAAAUGAGGACAAGGAACUGCUGGUAAUAGCACGGCUGUUGAAUGAUACCGUAAAGAUUCUGAAGACGUCCCAUUACGGCCGCAGAAUCCUUGGAUUCAAGAAUGAGAGCAGCAAGUUCGGUGCUGGGGAAAGCAUCUCCAUCUAAAUCACGGUUACAGAAGAAUGUAAAUAUCAAUACCUUCUCCCUCCUGUCUAUUCGACGGUUGAAUGUGCUUAUGAACUCAACGCUGACAUUGAGCAGGAAACUCGAUCAAGAACUCUACAUUUGCACACUA